AUGUCGGCCAAUCCCGAGACGCAUUUUGUGAAGCCAACUACUCAUUGCCCCAACAAUGUGUUCCCUGUGCUGGUCUAUCGAGGGGUGCUCCCUGAGCCACACGACGAAGCCAGCACUACAAAGUUGCUCGAGAGCCAUGGCUGGACGAAAAAGGGCACAUGGGGAACUAUUACAGCGAAGCACUUCCAUCCCAACACCCACGAGUGCUACGGGGUCUUCCAAGGCGAAUCUGAGUUGAUCUUUGGCGCAGGCGUUGGGGACGACGCGAGCACCGGUGUCAAAUGUCACGUCAAGGCGGGAGACGUGGUGGUGGUUCCAGCAGGGGUGGCGCACGCUUCAGUGGACAAGGAAGACAGGACCAAGGACAAGAGCGAAAAGUAUCGCUAUAUUGGCGUGUACCCAGAUGGGUCGCCGAAAUGGCGCAACGAGUAUGGAAAGGCGCCGUUGGAGGGGAGGGAGCUUCUUGAUGAGAUUGGUGGGGUGCCUUUUCCUAGCCAGGACCCUGUUACUGGGCCUGAAGGGGCUCUGUUAAAGAUUUGGACCGCGGUGAGAGAGGCUGGUUCUGUGGCUUGA